GCAGCGUGAGCGUGAUGAUUUUUGGAGUGACGACACCACAAAACCAUAGCACAAUAUUACCGAAGCAGAAGGAAAUCGGGUAGAAGCGUCAUCCAACUGAGAAGCUCAGAGUCCCCUAAAAGAGCCAGUGUUCGCCCAGACUGUGGUGAUCAAAUCCGGCUUUAAAAUGGUUCAGUUCGGGUGCAGGGUGUGCGGUGUCUCCGCUGUCGUCUCGCUGCUUCUGGCGGGGCUGGCAGCUGCGUCUUCUGAUCUAUUUGACAAUCAACUAGGCGACAUCAAUUACUGCAAAAAGCAAUGCCAGAUCACCGUCAAAAACAAAAGCCCAGCUAAAGACUCCAUUCUGAAUGCCUGUCACCGUGGUUGCCGUCUUUACUCCAUCUGCCAGUUUGUGAAUGGAAAUGCCGGCUUCAACACCAGCAGAGAGGAGUGUCAAGGAGCCUGCCAGGAAGCGUACAGCAAGCUGCUGGAGCAGGAGGCCUGCAGCACCGGCUGUGCCAGCCAGCCUUCUGAACCUGAGAUCAAGAGGAGGAAGUUGAAGGCCAUGGCCCACCGUCCCAUGCCCCCCUCCGUCAUGGACACCGUGUCCAGCUGGUGUAACGACAUCGUCAGCUCUGCUCAGAGCUUCAUCUCCUCUACCUGGACCUUCUACCUGCAGGCCGAUGAUGGCAAGGUGCUCGUCUUCCAGAGCCAGCCGGAGAUCGAGUACACCCUGCCGGAGCUGCAGGCCCCCCGUUCCAAUGUGGCAGACAAGCCCUGGCCACAGAUUCACUCCCACACACAGAGACCCCAUGGUGUGAAAGGACAUGGGGAGAAGGUAGCAGCCAAGGUGGGAGGCAAGGGCAAGCACCCAGCAGUCCAGCAACAUACGGAAGACCUAACCGCUGAACAUGACUUCCUGGGAUGCAUGUCAAGGCGCUCUGGGCUGCCUCGUUGGAUCUUGGCUGCCUGUCUCUUCCUGUCCAUCAUGGUGAUGUUGUGGCUGAGCUGUGCCAGCCUUGUCACUGCACCUGAACAGCACAUCAAAACACAGCUGAGCAUUAACGGAGACAAGGAGUUUCUUGAUGACGUCCAGAAGGUCAACCCCUACCAUCUGACCCCUGUGAUUGCUGUAGCUAUCGACCAACCAGAGGAGAGCGAGGAGGCAGGACCACUUCCAGUCAAGGUUGACAUCAACAAGACAUCUCUCUAGGGGACCAAUGGGAUAGGAUCAGUGCUUUCUGGGGUAACGUUUUCGUAAAACCUCCCUCAGUAAAAGAUGGAGAACAGAAACACACCAACACUCACACCAGAUUUUCUAUACAUGCAUGGCACCAUCCCUUCACUACAGGUUUGUCUCGUCUUUCUCUAGCGAGUCUGCCCAUCAGAUGUUAGCCUGUUGUGCUUGUCUCUGUGUAGAAUACUGAUUUUGUAGAUUCAUGCUGUCCAUUGUUAAACCUCACUAAGAGCUUCGAAAUCAAAUUGUCACCACCUUCUGGUACCUAUCAUUUUAUACUUGACACUGCAAUUGCUUAAGGCUUAUUUAAUAGACAGUUUAACUAUUAAAUGUAACUACUUAGAUCUGCCUGUGAGAGAGUUAAGGAGAACAGGUGAAUGAGCGCUGAAAGCUUUCCAAGCGUUUGACGUACAAGGGGAUAGAGAAAGAACACAGGGAUUCAAAUUGAAGGUGAAUAACUGUUUUCCUCAUGCUCUUACAUACUUUUGGAAUUAAUUGGUGACUUGCAGAGAAAUAAAAGCAAUUGAGAUGUUCAAAAUGCUUUGAAAGGUAUCUUGUGAACGCUGCAGGAGACAAUAGCUACCAGUGUUUCACCUUUGAUGCUGUGUUUGAUGCGUUUGAGUUUGACUGACGUCAACUGUGAGAAGCAAAUAUACAUAAUACAUCUUAUUUUCCUCACACUGAAUGAAAGAGAAUUCUCAUAUCAGAUUAAAACCUCUUAUGAAUUGGCCACUUUUUUUCAAUUUUUGCCUACAAUGACAUGCCAAAAUCUAACUGCCUGUAGCUCAGGCCCUGAAGCAAGCAUGUGCAUAUUCUUGGUACCAUUUGAA